GUUAGUUAAAAAGCUAUGAACAUCUUGCAGAAGUGCUUGUGUGCGUGUGUAAUUUCUCUGGCCUGUGUGUGUUUUCCAGCGGUGCCUGCUAACAUCUCUGAGCUGAAGAACCUGGAGGUUCUAAACAUGUUCAACAACCAGAUUGAUGAGCUGCCUACUCAGAUCAGCAGCCUUCAGAAGCUGAAACACCUCAACCUCGGAAUGAACCGUAUGAGCAGCUUACCCAGAGGAUUUGGUUCCCUGCCAUCUCUGGAAGUGUUGGACCUCACCUACAACAACCUGAACCAGAACUCUCUGCCUGGAAACUUUUUUUACCUCACCACUCUUCGUGCUCUCUACCUGAGUGACAACGACUUUGAGCUCCUGCCCGCUGACAUCGGGAAGCUGACCAAGUUGCAGAUACUGAGUCUGAGAGAUAAUGAUCUGAUCUCGCUGCCUAAGGAGAUUGGGGAGUUGGCUCAACUCAAAGAGCUUCACAUCCAGGGCAACAGACUGACCGUCCUGCCGCCUGAACUUGGUAAUCUGGAUCUGACUGGUCCUAAGCAGGUGUUUAAAGCGGAGAACAAUCCCUGGGUCACUCCCAUCGCAGACCAGUUCCAGCUGGGCGUCUCCCAUGUUUUUGAAUAUGUUCGCUCAGAGACCUAUAAGUAUCUCUAUGGCAGACACAUGCAGGCCAACCCAGAACCUCCGAAGAAGAGCAAUGAUAAGAGCAAGAAGAUCAGCCGCAAACCACUGGCCGCCAAGAACAAGUGAACAGAAGCCUGAGGCCGGAGAGGACGCUCGCUGCCAGCAAACUCACUGCAUGUGCCUCUUUCCCUCUGUCUUUUUUUUAUUGUAUUACGUUUCUAAAGGCAUGGUGUUAAACAUUGUUUGGACUAAGUGAACUAUGGACUAAGUCCAGAUGAAUGUGUGUGUUUUAGCUGACAGUGCCUGAACAGAGGUAACUAUUGGUAACACCUGCACAACAUCCAUAUCAGUGGUCACUUAUCAGUAUUUAAUAUAAUGUCAUCCUGAGAAACUAAAACCCGGGCGUUGUGUAUGCUGGUGGCCUUAGAAGACAUCAGUAUGAAGUGAAACUGAACACAAGGGUCCAGCUUUCUCUGGAAAGAGUUAAGAUAGACAGCGUCUCACGGCUCUGUUGCUGCCCCACUUUGCCAUUUAAUGAUAAUUCAGCCUCUGAAAGUAUCCAGCCCCCCAGACUAACCCCGGAAGUUCACGCGAUGCAGCUGUGUCACAUUCCCCUCAGCAGCAUCAUCUUUAUAAUAUUGUGUAAUAUGGAGUUAUUUUUUAUCAAACAUGCUAAAAAGACAUUUGCAGCUCAUCUAGAUGUGGUAUCAGAUACUUUUCUCUCUCCCACUGACCUCUGACAGCUGACUCGCUGCACCUUCACUUCCACGUUCUCUUUACUAAUCAAAGUUUUACCAAGUGUCCAUCACAUUUCAGCCUGUAGCAAAAAGGAAUGAAUGUAAUCAUUUUUUAAUCAUCGUGCUUUUAUUACAGUCUCUCUGUAUUUAACGUUUCAAAUAAAACAAUCACUUGUC